AUGAACAAAUUUACAUUAAGGUUUCCAUCAUAACUGGAGAAAAAAUAUGAAGAGUUUACUAGAGAAUCAUGCCUCUUUCAUUUUAAAUGUUAUCAACCGAUCUUAAUUAUCAUUAAUUUAAGUGUUGCCAUAAUACAACUUAAAGGAGGUUAGAUAACAAAUGGAGUAUUAGAAUCGAUUGCUACUUUGUUUUUUAUAUUACAAAUUCCUUUUAUUGUAAAAUUUCGUAAAGGAAAGAAUAUUUGUGGUAUAUUUGUGAUAAAUAAUCUAAUUAUGACUGGUAUUUAGAUUCUAGUGGAUAGAAAUACACCUUCUUAUGAUAAUUUAUAUGUAUCAGGAUGUGGAAUAACAAUUAUCAAUAUUACAUUAUUAGAGCAUUAUGAUUUUUUAUGGAAUGUGUUUGCAUUAAUUUUAGUUACAAUCUCUCGUCUAAUUUACAUUCUAUUUUACUUUACUUUUGAUGGAAUGGCAGUUCUAUACAUAGUUGUAUCAUUUUAUUUAUUUAUACUUCUGUAUAAAAAAUCAUAUGUAAAGAGAACAUUAUUUAUCUAAUAUUAAAAUGAAAAAGAAAUAAGUAAAUAUCUUAUUACUAUUAAUAUAGGAAAUGUCUUAAAUGAAAUAAUCUAAGAUAUUUAUAUACACUUUAAAUUUGAUUAAAAAUCAUUUUAAUUUGAAUUAAAAUAUGCAAACCAUUAUGCAGAGUAGAGACUUGGAAUCUCAUCCAAUCAAGAUUUUAAAGAAUUCUUACAUUAAUAUUCAACUUAUGAUACAACAUAAUUACCAAAAGGACAUUUAAAAUUAAAUUAGAAUAUUCAACAUAGUACAGGUUUAGAUUCUAUAAAUAUUGGAUAAUUAUUAUAUGAAAAAAUGAUUACAUCCAAAACACCAUUAAAAAAGUUAGAAUUAACCAUUUAAAAAAAUAAUUCAAAAUAAUUAUAUAAUCUUAAAGUUUUUGCUUAUUAAAAUGAGAGUAGAGAAUUACUAAUGUUGAUGGAAUAAAAAUAAGAUAUUUUGCAUGAUAAUGUUUAAUUGAAAUUAAAAGAGUAGGAAAUUAAAUUAUUAUCUAGUAGAUUAGAUAAAAUUAAUUCGAGAACAAACAAAUAAUUAUACUAAUUAUGUUAAUUAUAAUAAAAUUCUGAUGAUAAAUAUUAUUUAAAAGUUAGUGAAUCUUUAAUAAGUGGAUAGAUUAUUUCAAAUACAAAAAUUAAAAUGAUCUUGGAUGCCUUUUAAAUCUAUUAUUUUAAAAUUAAAUAUUAAGAAUUAGAAACAUUUUCUGUAAAGAAUAUUAUAUAUUAAUCUUUAAUGAUUAUGAACAAUGUAGCUGAUAUGGAAAAUAAAUAAAUAUAAUUUGAAUCUAAUUCUACAGAGCUUUUUGUUAUUACAUCAAUAUAGCAUAUUAUCUAAUUUAUAUUCUCUAAUCUUUUAUAUUUAUUUCUCGUAUAAAAGUCUCAUAAACACAUUAAAGUGGAAUUAAGCAAUAUAGACAUUGAUCAAUGUAUUGCUUUUAAUUUUUAUAUUGAUGGAUUCAUUUCAUUAGAGUUCUUACGAUAAAAUACAUUUAUAAUCUAAAUGAUAUAUAAAGGAUUAUAAAUAGUAGGACCAAAAGCAGAAGUUAUUACUACUUCAUUCUUUUAAGAUAUAUGUAGACUUAUAAUGUGUUAUUUUAGGUCCAUCUUUAUUGUAGGUCAAGAUAUACAAAAAUCUGGAUUAUGUUCUAAAUGGAUGA